AUGGAAAGGAAGGGAAAAAAAAUUUUCAACGAAGGAAACCUGAAAUUUUUAAAAGUAUACUCCGACGUUCUGUUUAAAUACGUGGAGGAGGAAAAGGACAAAAAGUCGACAGAGGUGCUGCUACUGUCAGAAAAAAUAGAGAGCGAAAAGAAAUUAAUAAAGAUAAACAUAGACAUCGUUUUAAUUAUCCUAUUCUUUAUCCUGCUUUAUACAUCCAACGAUUUGGUAAACAUAAAAAACUUGCAAAAUCACAUUUAUAACAACAUAAACGAGUCCAAGACAUACUCUGAAAAUUUUUACAAAUCUAUAAGUGACGAGAUAAAGAAGGUGAACAGGGAUUUCUCCUACGAACCAAGAAAGAAAGAUUACAUAGUAUUUAAAAAUUUGCGAUCCAAAUUUGAUCUCUCCUCAUGGAUAAAAAAUGCAUUAACGGAAAGGAUAUCCCAAGACAACUUCCUAAAUAGUAACAUCUUAUUUGGAAAAUGCUGGAGAGUAACAAUGAGAUUAUACAAGAAGGAUAAUUCUAUGAUGGAAAAUAUUUAUAUGUACAGGAAAUUAUUUGGAGUUUACCCGGAUAGUUCAUUUUCACAUGAGUUGGAAAAUUCUCGAAAUGUUAAUUCUUCCUAUUUUGACACAAAGUGGAACUAUUUAUUUUCGUAUGAUAAGUCCUAUAAAAAAAUUGGAGGAUUAUAUCAAGUAAUAUGUGAAAAACAUUUUAGCAAAAUCCAAGAACGUCUCUCUCAGGGUACUUCCUAUGCCACUGAUUACCCUUAUUUUAUACCAGCUCUUAUAUUAACUAAUUAUAACAUAUCCUCUGUUGCGAUCGAUUUUUUACUCUUCAAUCCGUUACUCAAUGUAAUUUCCUACAACGUUUUAAUGUUUUCCUUUUUGCCCAAUGCGAAAACGUACAAAGAGGUUGUAACGCAGUCUGCUUCGUAUAAUCCGUUUGAUGUAUACUUCGUUGUUGCCUUGUCUGUCUUUAUGGUGACAUUCAUUUGGUAUGUUAUUACCCAUCAUCGGAAACUCGCCAUGGUUGGCUUCCGGCUUUACGUGAAGUCCUACUAUACUUCGUUUCUCCUUAUUGCUUGCUUCGCGGCGAACCUCGUAACCCUCGGUCUCUUCCUUCUGUCCCGGAACCAGCUCCCCAAAUUCUCCGUAUGGUAUGAAAAUGGAAAGUACAUAGUCGACUCCCUGCUCUACCAAGGCAGCGAAGAUGGAAUUAUCGAACUCUUGCAGGACAUGAGCAUAACCCUCUCACGCGUAGAGUUAACUAAGAAUAUUUUCGUCUGGAACACCAUCAUAACCUUCGAGGUGUGCUUUUUCGUUUGCGUAAAGCGAUAUGGCCUGUUGAUAAAAAAAUACAGCAAUGUAGAGAAUAACAUAAGGAGGGAUUUUUUACAUCCCUUUUUUAUCAUCCUUUGCAUCAUAUUUGGAUGCUUGGUAAUUUUUUCCGUCUUCAGUUACACCCUCUUUCACAUUGAAGAAAAUGUCAGCUCCAGUAUUGUCCAGACAUUCAUUUUCAAUGUGUGUAUUAUAUUUGCAAAUUUUCAAGGAGUGAACAUAUCCUCUAUCCUAGAUGAAGAAAACAUUUUGUCUUAUUUAUAUUCCAUUCCUACUCACUUUUUUAUCGUCACGGUGAGUUUUGCUUUUAUCUUUUAUCUGGCCAUUAAAUCCUUCAUCAAAAGGAACAAAAAAGUGUACAACUCGUUUAUGCAUCACUACGGCUAUAAAUUAUCAAAGGGUAGAACUAGCGACAAGGGGGAUCCCCACAGCAGAAGCGGUCAUUUGAAUUCUCCGGAAACGUAUGGUAUUUCCCUCCAAAAAAAUAAUGCACAGAAGGAGCAUUCAAAUGGAGAAUCCCUAAAUGACAACAGCACAAUGGAAAUAAUCCCAUAUUCGGAGGUAGAAGAUGAGCUGGACGAAGAGGGGAACCACAACACAGAGGAAACACGCGACUCAAUUGAGCGCCUAAACGAUGAUGUGAAAGAACGUGACAAACAAGCUUUAAGCAGUGAUGACAGCAGCACAUACUCGACGCACGAAUCGAAUGAAUACGAAGUGGACGCAGGCAAAUAUGACACCAAUAAGGAGUUAAAUUACAAUGACGUGUUGAGCAUAACGAAAGGGUUAAGUAAGGAUAAAGAAGAGUGCACGGAGAAGAGGACCACAAAGAAAAAGGCCUUUUUUACUAUAGAAAAAAUGCUAGACCUAUUUCUGAACCUAAAAAACAGCACCGUGUUGCCCUUCUCUACUAGGGAAAAAAAACGCAUUUCGGAGGAAUACAAUACGAAUAAAAAGAGGAGUGAUGGAGUUGUGGUUUCCCUCUCUGUGUACACCUCCUUACUGAUAUUCAUCAUACUCUUUCUUAUUAAUGACUACAAAAAGAGGAGAGAAAGCGAAAAACUGUUGCAUUAUCAAAUAGAAAAUAUUGGCUACUACCCAUCUAAUGCGCACUUCUCCAAUAUGACAUUUCGUUAUUUAAAAAAAAGAGUGAAUGUAAAUGUUAGGGAAACGUUUAACUUCCAAAAGGUAGAGAAUAAGACCGACCUAAUUCUGUGGUUAAAAACUUGUUUCGUUUCAUUUCUGGACAACACUUCACACACCCUGGAGGGAGAUCCCAAUCAUUACAGUAGUACCUUCCGAUGGAAAGACAUAUUUACCAUGAAGCAUGAAAGGGUAAGAAUAAACAUUAUUUCAAGAGAGACAAUACAAUCAUCCAGCAGUAGUCUCAUAUGCAACUAUAAGUGGCAGAACUGCUAUGUGGACAUACGGAAUGAAUUGCAAUCUCUGAAGAGCCAGUUAAACGAAAUAACAUUACUAAUUAAUGAUGCAACUGAGAAAGUGGAAAUAUCUUUUAUUUUGUUUGACAAGAAUGACUACCAUAACCUUUUGGUGAAUUUACAUUUUGUCUUCAAUCCUAGUGGGUAUAUAUCCAAAAAGAUAUAUUUUGAACACUUAUUUUUUAAUUCCUUCAACAUUUUUCAUUUCAGAGGGGCAGUAAUUAAUAUGCUCUUCCUGAUCAUUCUGUUUUGGUCCUUUAUAAGCAUGUACUUGUAUCUAUUCAAGAAUUUUUCCUACUUUUACAACGCAUGUGUUGCGGUCCUUGUGCGGCAUCAUGACAGGGCUAAUGCGCAGAGGGGGGAAUGGAACAGGGGUAGCUGGCAGGAGGGCCAGCUCAAUUCUCAUCCAGGUGAACAUUUAGGGACUUUUGAUAAUGCGAAUGAUUACAUCUAUGGGAGUUACUCGCCUAGGGGAUAUAACGUCGGUGGUUAUGAGGGGGCGCGAAACUGGAACACAUAUGCGAAUUACCCUGCCGCAGCGUAUGCGAAUUGGGGGACAUACGGGAAUAACCCUCCCGAGGGAAAAGCGAAUUACGGAUACUACGAUACGGUUAACAUGCCGGAGGGCGCCCUUAACGACGGUUUGGGCCAAGGCCACGUGAAUCACCCCCCGAAUAGGAACAGCGGCAAGACACACAAAAUCGGCGCAUUGCUAAAAUUCAAAGUUUACCUGACGUACCUCUUCGAAUCGAAUCUUUUAAAUUUACUAAUUCUUCUAUCAUCCUUUUCCAUAAUCGCCUUGUGGCUUACUGUGUGCAUAUACAUUAACAAGAUAGAGUAUAAUGAAGAUAAGUCGGGGAGCUAUUUUAAUGAAUACAUAAAAUUGUUUUCCUUAUUCUCCAAAUUUGUGAAUAUCUUUUACUUGUUCCUUUUUUUAGUCAUAAUAAAUAUGUUUAUUUUUUCUUCAAAUUAUGUAAAGCGUGAGAAGUUGUACGAAGCCUUAUAUGUUAACAGAAGGCAGAUUUUGAAGUGUGGUUUUAUGCUGCUACUUGUGUACCUGAAUUUUUUUCUUUUUCACUAUUUUUUUUAUGGAAUAGACGGUUUCAACGACUUGUCAACGAGUCAAAAGCCCAUAUACUCCAUUUUAAUUUUGUUGGGUCUUGUUAACGUUGAUGUUUAUCUGAAAUGCAAAGUUUUCUAUUUUCUCUUUUUCGUGUUGCCUCAUUUGGUGUUUAUACGCUUUGUUUUAAUGUAUUGCUUUUUGGCUCCCGUUAUGGCUAGCUAUUUAAUUUUACUAAAAGAAGGCGGGGGAAAAAAAAAAAAAAAAAAAAAAAUAGCUAGCCAGAAAAAAGAAGAUUAUUCCUCUUUUACGUUGACUCAUCUGAGCAACGAGCAGUGGAAGUACUUAAAUGAAGACAUAAAAGAAUUUUCGGCAAACGAAACUAAUAACAUACUGCAUUAUUUUGAAAAUGUUAGAGACCAGAUAAGGAGUAAGGAAGACAUAUCCAAAACGUUGCAAAACGCGUGUAAUGAUUUAAAGGAACAGGUGGACGAGAUGCAGCUGGAUUUGCGCAAAAUAGAAUUGAAGUGGAAGUUCCGCAGUAAACUCUUGAGUUCAUCAAAGGCCUACCUGGACAAAAUAAACAACCAGAUAAGUAUGUGCGAGGAUAUGAUUGUGGAGGAUAAGAACAGGAUUUCUUCGCUCAAGCAAUACGCGAAGCAGGUGAAGUUGGACGAAUAG